GCUCACAAAAAGAUAAACACGUUAAGAUAUUCAACAAGCUGAACAAUAUUUGAUUUUAAUGUAGGACCUAAGGACUAAAAAGAGGAUAUAUCCUCCUGUUGCUAGAUGUCAGGUAGCUAGUUGAACUCAAGAACUAAAUUAAAACAGUAUUGUAACUUCCUAAAACAUGGAGGUGGACAAGGUCUCUAUCGGCCUGGUUUAGUGCUGGUGCAGAAUGCAAAAAAAGAAAAGCCAGCUUUUACAUAGAUUACAGAAGCCAUAUUCAGAAUGGUGAAAGGCUGCUAAGCGUUUGAGUUUAGAAACGUGCUUGGAGGGUUAGGAAAAUCCAACAUCCAAGGAGGGCAUCGAAUUAGGGGAAGGCUAUGCUUACAGGAACUUUGCUGUUCUGUUCCUCUGUAGGGCGCUAUUUUCCAGGAAAUUAUUUGGAAGGGGAAUUUAUCCCGAGACGUAACGGUAGAAUGCAGUUCCCCUAUUAGGUCUCGUGCGGAGGAAAGAUUGGAUCGCGGUGGGAUGACUGCUAACUUGAGAAUGGUGAAAAGUAACUACUGUGAAGUAACUACUCGAGGGGGAAAGGGGAAUCUGAGUGUGGGUCGUCAAAAGCUUCAGCCCUUCUUCGCGAAAUGACGACAGAUAUCCACCCCGCUUUUUCACACGGCCAAAUCUGGCCACUCCCAGGCGACGCGGGUACGGGCUGGCGAUGGCGGAACUGGCUGCGCGGCUGAACUGCGCCGAAUAUAAAAACUGGCUGAAGGCCGGGCACAGCCUCCUCCUCCUGAAAGCUGCCCUGCAGCGCUUCGCCGGCGAGCAAAUUCACGCCUUCCAUCGCCGGCUGAUCGCGGGCGACUCCGCUCGCUUAACCCCGUCAGGCGUUCAGUGCGGCGGGCGCUGCGUCCCUCGAGGCAAGCAGUUUCAACCUAGCUGCUCCUUAUGUAAAGAAUGGAAAAAGGAGAUUCUGAGCCAUCAUACACACAAGAUGGGGGAUAUUUAUUGGGGGAACUGCAGGCCUUGGCUCUGGCCUUCUAAUUCAUGGGAGCUGGCAAAGGCUUAUAUGCCUCGUGGGAAAGCCGAUACUUAUGGUCCUGACAAGUGUGAUGCAUCAGCACUCUUAAACCUUUUCAUUUUCUGUGAUCACUUCAACAAUAUUGAUCCAAAGAAAAUCAGAGAGGUGAUAAAGUGCCGCAAUGAGCUAAUGCAUUCUGCAGAUAUGAAAGUCUCUUUUUCCUGGUUGAAAGAAUUUGGAAAUCAUGUCCAAAAUUUGCUGACUGAAUUCUACCAGGUUCCUGAGGCUCAGACAGCUUGUCAUAGGAUACAAAAGCUCUUGGAAUCUGAUUGGAAUGUUCACAUAGCAGGAGAUCAACUUGAUGGACUGGAAGGUGAAAUGACUCCAAGCCUGAUCAGAGAAACAGAAUUAGAACUGGUGAAAGAGAGACUUGAGGAAAUCUGUUUUCUUGCAAAAGAAUGUGGAAUAACAUCAGAAGAGGAUUUAAAUAGAGUACAGAUAGUAAGAGAUUUCUUACUGGACAACCACGAACUUCAAAAGAAUUUGCAAACAGAAAUGCAGAACCUAGAAGACCUGGUAAAAGAAAUCAGUGGUGAAAAAGAAUUGGCUGGAGACAUCCAAGAAGUGAAUUGAUGAACAAUGAAUCAAAAAUGCAGCCCCAAACUUGCAAGGAACCUUCAGCGUGGUUCACUGCUGCCUGCAGACUCUCAUUAUUGUACCACUCUCCAGCCUUUCCGUGAACAAACUGCCUCCUGCUACAGCCAAAUAUUUCAAAUUUUGAUUCAUUAGUCCAGAGCACUGCUGCCAUUUUUCUGCAUCCGAGUUUUUGUUUUUGUACAUAGUUGAGUCACUUAGCUUUGUUUCCAUGUCUGAGGUAUGGCUUUUUGGCUGCAAUUCUUCCAUGAAGACCAUUUCUGGCCAGACUUCUCCGGACAGUAGAUGGGUAUACCUGGUCCACUGACUUCUGCUAAUUUUGUAAUAGUGGCACUGCUGGAUGUCUUCCAGUGUCAAAGGGAAGUAAGCAUGAUGUGUCUUUCAUCUCCUGCAUUAUGUUUCCUUGGCCAACCACUACAUCUACAGUGCUCAACAUGGCCUAUUUGUGCUUCUUCAAAAGAGUUUGAAACCCAUUUGCUUUUAAAUCUUUGCCUGGGAGAGAUCUGGCUGAUGCAGUAGAACUACCUUUUGUCUUAAUCCUGUGCUGUUUUGCCAUGGUGUAUGACUGAUACAAAACUGUCUUCCACAACCUCUCCUUAGUAGCAGUUUGGCUGUUCCUCACCUAGUUUAAGCCUUCUACACAGCUGUUUGUUUCAUCCUACAUAUGAAAUUGAUGAUCAUUAGCAGCUGCUUGGUAUAAUUGGUUAAUCAUACACCUGACUCUAAUCCUAAAAAAUCCCUGACUUUGAGCAAGUGUAAGAAUUUAUGCUGUUUUGAAGGUAAAGAGUGGUGACACCAAAUAUUGAUUUGAUUUGGAUUUCUGUUCAUUUACUUUCCAUUUUAUUAAUUGAUUAAAAAUAACCUAUUAACACUUCUAUUUCUGAACGCAUUCUUAAUUUACAGCAUUUUUGCACAACUGCCUAACACUUUUGCACAGUACUAUAGACAAAACAUUAAAAGUUUGCAUUAGAAAGGACAAAAGACAGAAACACAUACACAUAUAUUAUCGCCCCGGUUGAUUAUUGAUAAAUAUAUUGCAACAAUAUUGGUUUCUCCCCCUUGCAAAGGCCAACAAUUUAUAAACUUAUACAUCUAUUUACAAUCAACUUGGCCUGUUCUCUAUCUACUAUAUGAGAAAACAAAGUAGUUAACAGUUAAGUCAACAGCAAAAUUAAACUUCAAAGCUCUCUGUUAAUCUGUUAUUGUAUUUAACUCAUAGAAAGUCUACAACAGCUUAUCUGCCACAAAUCACAACCAUGAUCUCUAAUCCAUCCAGGAUCAAAUAUCUUCUUUGGUUAAUUUCUUUCAAAAUCCUAGACUUCUGCUGUAAAUAUCUUCACCAUAUCCAUUGUUAAGACAGUCUCUCUCCAUAAACCAAAAUACAACAUCUCUUGUAAGUUGUUAUCUGUUAGAUAUAAUAAAUCCGUUUUCCCAAAUCGAUCCAUCUUCCCAGGAAAGUCCAGUCCAAAUUAUUUUCCAGUUGGGUAUAGUAAGUCCAUUCUCCCAUCUCCAUUAAUCUUCUUAAGAUAGUCCAGUUCAUCAUUCAUCCAAUCUGUCAAUUCUAAGUCUGUAAAAUGCAGAUCUCCUUCAGACUUCUGCAACAGGCCUUCAGUUUUCCAGGCAAACUAUUACUUCUUCAAAUCUGUCAGCAACUUAGCUGUUGUUGUUUGCAUCUGGGUGUCCUUUUUAAGUUGAUUUGAAAAUUUGGUAAUUUUAUCAAGCUUUUUACCAAAGUUUUCAAUUUGAGCUUGUAGACUAAAGCAUUUUUCCCUGAUGUCUUCUCACAUGGCUUUAUCUUUAUGUUGGUGCAUUGUUUGCAUUUUUUUAAAAAACAAAUUUUAUUGGUUUUUUAAGUUCUUAAAGCAACAUAUUCAGGACACAUCAUGGUUUUGGGGUAAUCAAACAUCUUAAAACAAGACAUAUAUACAUAAUAU